AUGCUGAUCGCGCUAGUUUUCACAAUUCUCUUGCUCUUGUCCUUCCCAGUCUAUUUCGUUUACCUUCUCCGUCGCUGUCUGCCCUCUUUCAUUCGUGAAUCAACCAUAUGCAGCCAUGUAAUUCUCAUCGCAACGCAUUUGGAAUGGGCACUUGAUUUCAUGCUUUGCUAUUGCCUAUUCCCAAGGUACAAUUUCGCUCCGAACAAGCCAGAAAUUGGUGCCGGGGGGCCAAGUGCACGCGACUACGAGUGGAAGCGAGCAGCGCCGACCGAUGUUGGUGAAUGCCCCGUCUGCCUAUUCAAGGUUGAAGAAGGCGAGGCAAUUGGUCAGUUGAGAUGCGGUCAUGUUUUUCACAGGCUUUGCUUGGAGACAUGGAUCGGAUACUGGAACGUUAUGUGUCCCCUUUGCCGAGGUUCUGUAGCCCCAGCCAGAUUGGAUUCUGAACUCGGCAGGGAAGUUGUUGCUUUCGACUUUUGCUCUCUCAGUUCUCGUGACCGCGGUAGAUGGUAG